AUGACUUACGUCCUCUACUCGGCUUGUUGUUUCGAGACGCUGUCAUCGCUUCAACUAAUGCUUCCGUCAGCUCAAUAUCGUAAUAAGAUAUUCGUAUUGAAUGAAAUUAUUCAUUUAAUACAAUGGAAACUUUAUUCUCAGGUCUCGAGAAAUGAGAACCGUCGGUCGGUGUCAGUUGGCGCAACAACUGGUUCCAGUGUGGGAGAGCGGCACUCGUACGCUGAGGGGCGAGUGCCAGCACCACAUGGCCCGCCAUCAUCGCCUGGCGCCACAGUCGUCCAGCGCAGAGUAGCCGCAGCGUGCCAGGCUAGCCGGCUCCUUUUAGAGGAAACUUUAGCGAAGCCAGGAACUCCUCCAACUAUAGUUCAGCCUCCAAAUGGCGGGUACUGGGUGGAUGGAGUGGAAGAGAACUCCUCAGACGAGGAGAGCGAGUCACGACCGCAGCCGGGAACUCCGCGCCAGAACUCUCGAAGACAUAAUAUAGACACCGAUGACACCGCCAAGUAUUACAGGCGGUUCUUCCUUGGCAAGGAGCACCUUAACUUGGUUGGAUUCGAUGCGAAUCUGGGUCCGAUCGUGAUGUCACUGAAGAACGAGCACGUAGCCGGCCAAGACCACACUAGAAUACUCCUGAGGCUACGAACAGAAACAAUGAUUGGACUGAUACCUACACCUAAUUCAGGGAUAAUUCCGUCACCAUUGAGGAUGGCUAAAAUGCUAAACGAUCAAGUUAAUGUAGAGAAUUUCAUGGCAGUAAUGUGUCUCAAUGCUUCAUCCCUGAUCGCGGCUUACGAUGAACACGUAUUGGUCAACACCUUCAAGUUCGGUGUGCUUUACCAGAAAUAUGGUCAGACGACCGAGGAAGAAUUGUUCGGAAACAACGAAACUUCGCCAGCUUUCGACGAAUUCUUAGAAAUGCUCGGGCAAAGAAUUAAGUUGAAGGACCAUAAAGGAUACAGAGGCGGUCUAGACAUAAUGAACGGCCACACCGGUACCGAGGCGGUGUACGAGAGGUUCUACGAGCGCGAGAUAAUGUUCCACGUGGCGCCGCUGCUGCCGCACACGGCGGGCGACGCGCAACAGUUGCAGAGGAAGCGACAUGUCGGAAACGAUAUCGUGGCUAUUGUUUUUCAGGAAAAAGCAACGCCAUUCACACCAGACAUGAUCGCUUCGCAUUUUCUUCACGCUUUUAUUGUGGUCACACCAGUUGAAGCCGCUGACGGGGAGACAAGGUACAAGGUGGCCGUCACAGCUCGUGUCGACGUACCAUUUUUCGGGCCGACUCUCCCUCAGCCGCCGAUUUUCCGAAAAGGUCGCGAGCUCAAAGAGUUCCUCCUUACCAAGCUGAUCAAUGCUGAAAAUGCGUGUUACAAAGCCGAAAAAUUCGCGGAACUUGAACAGAGAACUCGAAUAUCGCUGCUGCAAUCCUUAGCUGAAAAGUUAAAGGAAAAAACUCUCGAGUUCCUCGGUACGGGGGCAAGAAAUGAACCGGGCGCGGUUUCCCCUCAGCCGGAGGGAACGCCAAAGCAAGACGGACCGGGCGCUAGAUUCAUUGAUACAGUGAAGAAAGCGAUAAUUUCUAAAGUCAGAUCACCAAGCGUAGAUACAAAUCUUUCAGGAGAUAGCAACAAGAACAACCCACUUAAUAAGAAAAUUCAUGUGCACGAAACGCCUACACCUAAUAGCGGUCGUUCGAAGUCGUCGAUCGCGUCGUCGUCGGCCAGCGCGGUGUCGGUGCGCUCGGCGGGCGGCUCGGGCGAGUCGAGCCCCGACGUGACGUCACGCGCCGCGCCGCCGCGCCCGCCGCUGCACGACCACAGCGACGACUCCAGCCUCAACUCCGUCGACCUCGACCCUCUGGACGACAAGGACUGGCUGAGUUGUGGUAAAACAACAGGGGCUGUGUAUGUGGACAGUGAUACGGGCUUAGAGUCGAUGUCGUCUGCGGAAGCGGGCGCGAACGUUCGCGACCAACACGCGGGAUCUCGCGACGCGGAUCUCUUACGGCAGGAAGUGUGCCGCCUGAAGAACGACAAGCUAGAUCUACUGAAACAGAACAUUACUUGGCAGAAUGAGAUAAAAUGUUUACGAGAGCGAGUUAUGACACUACAAGCAGAACUGGCAUCGACGUCUAAAGAUAGACGGCUUCGAGAACAGACAACAACGAUCAUUCCAAAUCCAUCUACUCAUGAUUCAACUGCUUGAGAAUCUAUAUUAAAUUUGAGGGAUAAAUAAA